AGCACGAACAUCGACUAACUAACAUCAAUGACGGACCAGGAACGAAAGCAAGACAUGGACUUAAAUAGACAGGACUGGGUGAAAAUAAUCGGACACAGCUGGGUACAAUCGGGGAAACACACGUGGAUAAUCAGGGGGGCAUGGCACACAUGAGGAUCGUACGAGCUGGGCGUGACAGUUCGACAUACUGAUCGCUAUGUAUCGCGAUACAACAGUUUGAAAUGUUACCAAAGUGUCAUUUUAUAAUUCCCAUAUUAAACAAGUUACCUUGCAUAGUGCUUUGGGGAGAGACAGACUCCAAGAGUGCAGUUCAUUUCACGUGUCUCUAAGUCAUUGUCUGAUAAUAUCCAGAGCUGAAUGUGUGAUUCAUGCUUACUACUAUAUUCUUGCUUUGCAGUUCUUACACAUUUUUUUUUCUUAUUUACUUCUACAAGUAAAUAAAAAACUUAUAAAACUGUCAUUAUUAUAUAAGAACUAUACGUAUUAUGAUGUUAUUAUUUAGUUAUGUUGUUGCUUGGUUACAUUUGAUGCCUCCGCACGUGGGAAGCUACCGGUUUGAAAGACGCGGCUUCACUUGCUUUUCUGCACCAAGAUGGCAAGAAUCAGACGAAUGGAGAAAGCUGUUUGCUGGAGCGACGACAGAUACUGGGCAACUUGGGACAAGUGGGGAGAGGUGAUUGACUGGGGAGAUGAGAAAGAGCUGUGCUCCCCAGCAGAAUCACCUUCUGACCAGGCUGACAGUUCCACUGAGUCACAUUCCCGAAGGCGAAUUGCCAAGGCAGUUAGCUGGACGGAUGAUGCUUAUUGGGCAGCCUGGGACAAGUGGGAAGAGAUCAUCUGCUGGGGUGAUGAAGAGGAGUGCUCCCAAGUAACUCCACCCACUAGCCAGCUUGGGAGGGAUAAGGGGAUAGAUGUACAUGGGUUGGAGGCUUUUGUGAUAAAUAACAGGACAAUCUCCAUAAAGCCUGUAGACAACCAUCAAGACAGUCUGAAGAUAGGAGCUGUGCUGGUAGACCUCUGCCAGUUUGAUCUCGAAUAUUUAGAUCAAAGUAAAUUUAAUUUCGAAAUUGUACAAGUACAAAUUGGAGAAGUUGAAGUGGAGGAGACUAGAGAAAAGUCUUUUGAAAAAGCAUUUGAACUGGAAAUUGUGGAUGUGGCAGUAGAAGUUGUAAACAGUGAAUUCCAGCUGAAUGCUAUAAAUUUGGAUAUUGUUGAAACUAAGGUGGACAAAUUAUUAUUGGAAGAACUGAUCGUUGGCGAUUUAGAAGCAGGCAAUGUGAAGGUGUCAGUAUCAAAUGGCAAUGUGGUGAAGGUUCCCUUAAGGUACCCUUCACCACAGAGGAACAGAAGGACCAGGCAACCUUAGACCAUACUCUCUGGUGGUUGACUCGUGGCAACUGGACUUGUCUCUGAAAGUUAGAAAUGUUUCGCAGCUCAUCCAAGCAGCUUCUUCAGCCUGAGGGAGGUAGUAAGUGUCCACAUAUUUAUCCUCCUGGGUAAGUAGUCUAAGGGGGCUCGUUGAGUGAAACAAAGUGGGGGGGGGGGGGAGUUGCGGGUAGAUGUAACCAGUCCCUCCUACUCCAAUAGAGUGGGUCGUUAAGGGUGGUCCACCUGGUGGAGGUGUGAAUUGGGUCUGUUUUUUUCCUGGGAAUUAUUUUUGUUUUGGCAAAUGAUGAGAGGGCCGCAGGUUAAAUUGGAGACAGGU